AAGAAGAGCAACGGCGUCACGAACGGGGUCAAUGGGAUCAACGGGCACAGCAAGGAGAACGACGAGUAUGACCUCAGCCUGCCCGACCGCGUCAUCAGGGAGGGUGUCAAGACCGUGAGGAUGGAGCUGAACGAAGUCUGCGAUAUCACGUAUCCAGACGACAAGUGAUUUAACAGUUCAGUGCCGGAGUCCAACCCUGCUAACGCCGCUUAGCCGCUCCAGCAGAGCAAAGGGUGAAGAUAUGGCAGGGGAACGUGCGGGGGCAGGGCCUUACAUCACCCCUUACAGUCCCGAUGGUAGCUUCGAGCCGGAAUCGACGCCAACCCAGGGACCAGUAAAGCCUCGCGGAACUAGCUUGGCAUCUACUGCUCUUGUUCAAGCCGCCCAAUCCCCCUCGUCCGCCGCCGCCAGAGCAUCGCAUAUUUCAAGCUCAACAACUACCGCGACCACCACUCCACCCAACAGUCGGUCCCACGACAGCACCGCCCACCACACCAGGACCGAAAGCGACGUCCUUGUUCACGAUCACCCAGAGCAGAGGCUAACGACGCAGGCCUAGGAGUCCUAACGGCGCGCCUAGCAAGCCAACCAAACUUCAACAGCCCCCUACCAGCAACCCAUACG